AUACCAAUAACGGUUAAUGCAUUUGACUGAUGUCAAAGUUCAAGGACGGUAUGAAGAGCAAGACCUGUGUAAAAAAGAACUUUCAGGUUUAAAUAAACAUGAAUAUUCCACAGCUGUCACAAGUUUGUUCUCGUGCAUUGAUCCAAAAAACAUGUGUGCCCGGGAACGUCAGACAUUUUUCAGUGACACAUACUUUAGAAGCAAAGAAAGGCAAAUUUGACAAGAUUCCUUUGAAAGUCAGAAAAUAUUCUAACAAACUUGAAGCUGGUCGAGCAACGCUUAAAAACAGAACCGAUAUGCAAAGAUUGUUCAAUAGAGCCUAUCGAUUAGUUCCUUUUGACCACAGAAAACCAGUAACGGGCAAGCACACAGGACCGCAUAUUGAGGGUGGAUCAGAGGAGGCACAACGAAAAGCAGCACUACAUUUGGUACAACCAACAGGGUAUUACAACUCAACAGGAAAAUUUAUUGGUGUAAAAGAGAUGAAGCCAGUGUUUGUUGUACCCGACCUUAAAGGUUUUAAGUUAAAGCCAUAUGUUCCAUAUGCAAUGGAAGAUAUUGAUAAGCCACAGUUCACAGCCAAGGAUCUGUUUGAAGAGUUUUACACAGGACCAAUCAAGGAAGAAGUGGAUGCAGAAUUUGCACCUAAGAAGAAACCCACAACAGACAAAAAAACAUGAUAACAAAAACAUUAAAUGGCUUAUUUUAUCAUAUGAAUUAUGUCUAAUUAAUUUAUCAACUUUUGUUGUUUUAUGAAGAUGAUAUUAUGGUAUUUAACAAUAAUAGCAUACAGCACAUGCCCUCAAGCCCAGCUUGAAUGAAUUUUGAACCGUGCUUGAUCAGAUUCUCCAAUUCAUAUACAUGUAGUUUGUAGCAUUUUUUGGUAUCAAGUAAUAAGAUUAUGAGAAUUU